AUGGAGCUAAUUGUUGCUACUAUUGGACAACAGAAUACUUUGUUGGCUCAGAUGGAGACCAACAGGGUUGUAGCUGAAGCAGCUAGGGCUGAGGUACCUGAUGAGUAUAGGGGCUUGUCAGAGUUCAAAAAAGGGAAUCCUCCUCAAUUCACAGGUGUUGAUGGACCUGAAGUUGCUGACCAAUGGAUUGAGGAAAUGGAGAAAAUCUUCAUGGUGAUGCAUUGCCCCGAGGAAAAGAAACUAGUCUAUGUUGUUUAUAUGUUGGUGGGUGAGGCUAGUUUCUGGUGGAAAGGAGCUCAGGCUAUGAUGGAAGCUAGAAGGGAGGCAAUAAAUUGGGAGAACUUCAAAAAGGUGUUUCUAGAGAAAUAUUUUCCAGAUAGCACCAGAUAUGCUAAGGAAGCUGGAUUUUUGAGACUGCAGCAAGGAGGCAUGUCAAUACAAGAGUACGUGGUCAAGUUUGAACACUUGGCUAGGUACUAUUCUCAAGCUAUCACUGAAGCUUGGAGACGCAGGAAGUUUAGUGAAGGUCUAAGAUUUGAGCUGAAGAAGACUAUUGUUCCUAUGGGAAUUGUGGAAUUCCCAGUGUUGGUUGAAAAGGCAAAGACGAUUGAAAGAUUUGAGGGAAGGAAUAAAAUGGCAAAGGGUCCAGAGGGAUCAUCUGGAUUUGGGAGGGGGAAACAUCUUCAAAAGAGACCAUCUCAGUUUCAGACAGGGAAUGCUAAUAAGAAACCAAUGGGGACUAUUACCGUAGGAGCUGUUCAGGGUAUUAGAUGUUACACAUGUGGAGGCCCACAUAUGAUGAGGGACUGUCCUACAAAGAACUAUGCGUGUUUUAAAUGUGGCAAGGUGGGUCACAUGGCUAAAGAUUGCAAUGACAGAAAUACUCCAGCUAGAGGGAACCAGAAAGUGGAUCGACCUACUACAGCAGGUCGUGUUUUUGCCUUAACAGGUGCUGAAACUGAAACGUCAUCUAAGCUGAUGAAGGGAAAAGGCAAAGUUGAUAGUAAUAAUAUUUCUAUUCUAUUUGACUCUGUUUCUACCCCAGCUUCAGGGUCUAUUUUGACUUCUGAGGUUUGUUUAGGAUGUCCAGUAGAAGUAGAAGGUCGUUGUUAUAAGGUCAAUAGGUCAAAUCAUGCUUUCAAAAAAGUCAGGAAAGACUUAUAA